AUGAAUUGUACAAUUAGCUCGUACGUACCUUUGGAUGACUGCGAAGAGAGCGAUAUGAGCGAAGAGGAAAUCCAUGAAGCUGUUUUGGCGGCCGGAAAGAAAGCUAAGAAUAUCAGUCUUUGUGAGAAGUGCAAUCAAAUCGUGGGUUGGUUCUUUCUGGAGAAAGAAGUGUUCAGAAGAAUAAUCGGAAGAACGAGAGGCGUGUCUGAACUUAUUUACACUUCCAGAAUCGACGAACUUGAGCCUCUUUGCAAGCUCUGCAAUUUUUUCCAAUCCAUCUGGGCUGAAGGGAAGGAAGACGAAAAUGGAGAAACUUUUUCCCUUGCAAGGUCAACUGCAGGAUGGUUGUUUGGCUUCGAGUACGCCAAAGGCAAUACGUUUGAGCCCGUCUACGACAAUACAAUUAUCUUUUACCUCGUAGCUAGUGAAUAUGCCAAUGACCCUACGAGCGAUCGUACUAAUACAAUCUUCGGCUUUUCUAACGCAAACGCUUAUAAAGAUGGAGUAGCCAUGCGUAAUCUAUCAUUACAAACCGAUUUGUCUCCCGUCCGCGAAUGGAUUCGGCUGUGCAAUGACAAUCAUGCCGAUUCUAACUUUAAUUGCCUACCAAAAGAUGGCAUUUCACUUCGAGGCUUCACGUUAAUCGACUGUAAAGAUGGGAGGAAUAUCCUAGUGCCAGGUACCACCUGCAUGGAAUACAUCACACUGAGCUACGUCUGGGGAUCUGAAGUAUCAGAAGGGCCAGAUCGCUUUGGAAAAUUGCCCUCUACUCUUCCAAAUCUUAUGACGGAUGUCAUCAAGGUUGUCAUAGCCUUGGGCUACAGGUACUUGUGGAUUGAUCGAUACUGUGUUCCUCAAGAUGAUUCUUCCGAUAUUAAAUCCCUUCUCAUCAAGAACAUGGAUAAGAUCUAUUCACAAUCUAAUCUUACAAUAAUCGCUACUACUGCCAAAUGCCCAAGUGAAGGCCUCCCUGGCGUCACCAAGCCUAGAAUACCCGUGCAAAAAUUUCUGCAAAUGAAUUCCGUUCACCUGGCGCAGUGGGUCAGUAACAUUAAGCAUGAGAUCAAAAAUUCCGUGUGGAAUACGCGCGGAUGGACCUUUCAAGAGGCUUUAUUAUCAAGACGGAGGCUCGUGUUCACUGAGACUCAGUGCUAUUUUCAAUGCGAUGCAGGAGGUAUUCGGUGCGGCAAAGGAGGUGGUCGGAUGGAAAGUAUCGACUAUGACCUCACAAUGGAAAGAGAUAUCCAUAAGCGACUUCGCAUCCCAAUGAUAUUUCGUCCACGGCCAAAUCAUCACACCGACAGGGAAAUAUCACAUUUCAGCAGAAUGGUAAGCGAGUAUGCCGUGAGACAACUCUCGACAGACUCCGACGUUCUGCCUGCCUUUCUGGGUAUAUUGGGUAUGUUUAAGUCUGAGUGCUCAAUUUUUCAUGGACACAUAUAUGGAGUGCCAAUUUUCGAGUCCAGUAACAAAUUACUCCCUGUUGACACUACUGCUACGCUAAUAGUGGCUAUUACAUGGGGCUUUGCUUUGGAUACUCGUGCUCUUGAGGAUUUCACCACGAUAAUCUUGCCAUCAAGGAGACGGUCCUUACCAAGCUGGACAUGGUGCGAUUGGACAUAUGCCUCGCCCCUCGAGCUCGAGAACGGCACCAUAAUCCCGUGGUCUCACGAAGCGGAUGUCGCUGAUCUUGCGCAAACGAUUAUGCUGAUGGAAAACGUGCGCUAUGUUCAUGUUUUUGGACCGCUCACGCAUCUUCCAAUUCCUAUCCGCUCAAAUCCCGAGUGGGGCCGGGAAGUGUGUGGUCCAUAUGUAACAGAUGAGGCGGUAAUGUAUUGGCUUUCGAGGUUGGCAAGAGAUCGUGGGAUGAACAUUACGGAUAAUGAGGAGUAUGUCUUUAAGGCAUGGGUAUAUGCUUCGGGAAUAGAAAGUUAUUCUAGACGUGAAAACCCUGGGAGAAUUGUUUACAUGAUGCUGCUGGACGAAACCUCAGAUUCGAACACUUUUGAGCGUAUUGAUGUACGUGAAUUUGAGGUGCAAUUGGAAUGGGAAGAAGAAGAAUGGCGAGAGAAGAAUCUGGAGGAUCUUGGGAAAAUGCUUGGAUGGGAAUGGAAGGCUUUCAAACUUGCAUAG